AUGCCUCUGACGGCAGCCUCGUUCCUGCUGCAAGUAGCUCCAUGGGUCUCGCUGGAUGUACGUCGAGGAAGCGUAGCAGAUAUAUCGAUACCCAUCCCAUCGGUUGCAGCGCAGAGUGAUGACCCGCAAGACUGUUUGCUGUGGCAAUUCCAGCUACAGGAGUACGACGUGGGCUUCCAAUUGCUAGAGAACGGGGCGCCGACAAUGGAAGGCAGAUUCGACGAUGUCACACCUGAAAGCGUCUACACUUUGCGUUGGGACAAUUCGUACUCGCUGGUGCGUCACAAGGAGGUGAAAUAUCGGUUUCUAGUGACGUCAAACCGCGUGGUUGCAGCAGCUGAGUUGGCGGUGCAAGAGUCACAGUCGCGUUCGCAGAGACGAGCGAGGAGAGCAGCGGCAGGGCUGCCACUUGCGCAUUUGGCGAAGACACUGGAGAAGGAACGCGCAAUGAACGAUGAAGAAAGGAAAGUGGAAAAUGAAAGAGUGGCAGCGAAUUUGGAGCAGACGGUGAUGGACAUUGUGUCGAUUUUCAUCGCAAAACCCGACAGUCCACUGCACGAAGGAGCCAUUCGACCUUUCAUAUUGGCGCUCGAAGCUGUUCUGUGCCAUGGAAUUAAAGAAGAGUUUCUGGAUGUGUGGCCAGAGGCACCGUUCUACGAGUUUUUAAUUGAGACACAACACGUCCUACGCGAUGACAUGGGCAUCGUGGCGAGAGUACAAGCCGGAGAACCUCCGUCGAACUUGCAGCAUCUGGGAUGGAACAAGUCCCGUUCUUUUUUGCUACUAGCUUUGAACAAGGGGGUUCUGCAGCGCGCGUUCGAGAAUUUAACCAAACGGAGGACGGUGGUGGAGAAGUACUACGAGUCAAGAGCUCUUCUGUACAAGUAUGAUGAUGCCCGGAGAAUCGCUUCGUUUCUCAGUGCAUUGAAUGGAGUCACAUUUUUGCUAGCUGCGUAUCCUCAUGAUGAGUGCGACAAAGAUGAUCAACCUCCGUUUCCGCGGAACCUCAAGCAGUGUGCUCCAGAGGCACCACUUCUUGGCAACGAGAUAUCUUUUCAAAACGAUGUGGACGGUGACAGCAGUGUUGUGAGGUUCAUGGAAGAAAACCCUGACGAAAUUAAGCAACUUCAGAACUGCAGUGUGCCUCGGUAUAUUCUUCACGGUGAACCUUUUCAAGAUAUUGGGAUUGGGUGCGUCGUUCACUUGACGAAGCCAACGCGUUUCUCAGCUUCGGAUGAGUGGAUUGAGUUAGUGAUGCGUUUCAAGUCAAGCCCAGCUGGUGGUCUGGCGCUGAAGUUGGACAACGCAUACUCAAUUGUUCGAUCUAAGCAAGUUCAGGUUCGCUACGUGUCUGUCGAUGCAGCUGCGUACGUAGCGGCAUGGGAAGGAUGUCUGGAAAUGGCACGAUCUAUUUCUUGGAAUCACGCGUCUCGAACUGGAGGUGAACGCUGUGCCAAAUACAUGGCGUCACAACAUCAGAAAGAGGAAACUGAAGUAAUGUUUCAGCGAAAACAGAGAGGAGACAGCGACCAGGAAAUGGAUGACGGUAUCAUGGGUAUCCGCACCUCACUUCUCUCUAACCCCGUGUCGUAUAUUGGAGGAUUACUUUCAAGUGAAGACAGUCCUGAAGCUUGCGACCAGUGUCUUGCCCCAUUCUCUUUCUUCAGUAGACAACAUGAAUGCCCUUGUUGCAAGAAGAUCGUGUGUAUCCAGUGCUGUCGUCAUCACGUUCAAAUCAACGGGAAGGGCUCUCAAUUGAAAGUCUGCGACAGGUGUUUUAUUCAAGAAAAAGACAAAGAGGUGGGCGAACGACCAGAGUAUGCUGCGCUUCGUAGAGAUCCUAGUAUGGACAAGUACUUCAAGAUGCUAAGCUUCGGCGUUCCAUCCAGCGGAGUAGCUCAGAAAAUGACUCAAGAUGAGAUGCCUCCAGAUAAAAUUGCCGUUUUUGUUGCAGGUCCUGAUGGAAAGCGAUCGGGCAGUCGUGGUUUAAAUCGACGCGACAGCACAUUUCGUAAGGUUUACUGGACUAGUUUGGACACGAAGAAGGCCAACGAAACUAUUUGGGCUCGUGUGACGGCCAGACGCAAGACUGCUCCAAUCACACUAUCGCCACAAGAUUUCCAGGAACUGGAGUUUCUCUUUGGAAACCCAACAGCUGCAUCACCCUCCCAGUCCAAAGACAAAACUGCGAAGAAGAUCAAAUUCUCGGCGCUUGAUUCACGAAGGUCGAACAACAUUUCCAUUGGAUUGAGCCAAUUCAAGGCGGUCGGCGGAGCUGAGGCCAUAUUGUCGGCAUUACAGCGCUGUGAUUUCGAGUUCCUCACAGUCGAUCGCUUGACAAAUCUGCAAGACAUUGCACCAAAUAGUGUUGAAGUGAAGCGAUAUACAAACUUCAAGGGAUCUCGAUCACGAUUGGAACCCGCAGAAAAGUUCUUGGUGGAAAUAUGUGAGAUUUCUCGUGUGACGGAAAAGAUUAAGGCGCUGUUGUUUGCCUCCCAGUUUAAGCACCAGCAACAAAAGCUGCGCAACCGUAUCCGGGUGAUCACACAGGCUUGUUACGAAGUCUUGAGGAGUGAGCGUCUUGCACGGUGCUUCGAAUUAGUACUGGCGAUUGGGAACCUUCUGAACACUGGUACAGAGCUCGAAGGAGCUCAAGGUAUAACGCUUGCUUCUCUCUUGAAGGUAUGCUCCUGUCAGAGACCAAGGCCAUUGACCAAAGUAUGA